AAAAUCUAACUCGGAUGGAAUCGGAUCGGAUCGGUUGACCGAAAUCGACAGGCCAUCUUUGAGUGUUUGCGAGUUGCGACCAGAUAAACCAGUAAGUCAAUAACCAUUCGUCCUCCAUUACUAAGAGUUUAUGAUUCUAUGAACUCGCACUUUCACAUUUCCAUCCCCAGACCAUCUGAAUCUUCGUAAACCCUAAUGACAACCCAGGAUUUCCUAAAAACCCUGAAAACAGCAAAAAGAGCAUUCCCAUCAGCCAUUUCUCAAUCCCUAAACCAUGAAUUAACCCCCAUUAAAACCCUCAUCAAUUCAUCUUUCAACACCAUUUCCUCUCCCUCAAAAACCCCAUCUUCCCAUUCCACCAUUUCAUCUUUCCUUUCUUCUCUCUCCUCCCAUCAACUCCACUCUUUUCUCUCUGACCCAUCUGUCAAAACCUAUGAUUGUUUGAGAAUCUUCAACAUUGUUCUCCACUAUCAAUCAGACCUUUCCUUUAAGCCUGAUAUUCAUGCCCAUUUCACCCUAAUUUGCAGGCUUAUCAAAUCCAGGUUGUAUUCGGAUGCUGAAGUUUUGUUGCAGAAAUUCAUUCUUGGUGCAAAUUACAGGUACCCUUUUUGUGAUUUUACAAAUUGGGUUGAGAAUUACUGUAAGGAAUCGAGAAUUAUUACUAAGUUGUUGAAUAUGUUGCUUAAACUGUAUUCUGAUCAUCAAAUGUUUGAUAUGGCUGUUACUGCGUUUGAGUAUAUGGUGGACAGAGAAAUUGAGAGGGAUGAGAAAACUUGUUCUGUUCAUUUACAUGCUUUGGUUAAGGCUAAUAAGGUUGAUUUGGGUUUUGAGUUUCUUCGUCGAAUGGUAGAUUCGGGCAUGGAGGUUUCUGUGUUCUCAUUGACAAUUGUUGUGAGUGGGUUGUGUGGGAUUGGGGAGUUGAAGAUGGGUAGAGAAUUGGUGGAAGAGAUGGUUGGGAUGGGGGUAAGACCUAAUGUUAUAACAUUCAAUACAUUAGUGGAUGCAUGUUCAAGAAGAUGGGAUUUCACAGAGUUGGAUUUGGUGUUGUGUUUGAUGGGAAGAGAAGGAGUCCCGUUUAACGACAUGACGUAUAAGCUGUUGAUUGAGGGGUAUUCGGGUUCUGGUAAGGUUGAUGAAGCAAAGAGGUUGCUUUUGGAGAUGCAGGACAAAGAUUUCGACGUGGAGACGUAUCUGUAUUAUAGCAUCAUUAGAGGGUAUUGUAGAUUGGGAAAUACAAGCAGUGGUUUUUCAUUACUUAAAACAAUGCAAGAGAAGGACAUUUCCCCUUGUGAUGGUACUUAUUGGUGUUUGAUCAGUGGCAUGUGUAAGGUUGGGGAUAUGGGUCAGGUGAAAGAAUUGGUAAAUGAGUUUCUAAAAAAGGGAGGUGAGGUGAACGAUUGUAUGCUUAAUGAGUUAGUAAAUGGAUAUCAAAAAACUGGAAUAAUGGAUGAACUUGAUGAAUUAAAGUGUUUGGUGAAAAUGAGUUCACCCAAGAAUCUUGUCAGAACUCCAUUGAUCCUGAUCCCAAAGCUUAGUCAAUACGGAGUAUAUUGAUGUUUGGUAAAAGGUCUGUCAUGCGAAGAGCUGGAAAUGAAGGGGAAACAAGGGAAAGAUGGAUGCAGAUUAUCUACUCGAAACAUGAUUAACAUUAGUGAAGGUAUUAGAGGGAUGGUCUUGCACUCUAGCUCUGAACUGAUUAUGAGAUCUCGAAAGGGAUAAUUGAUCAGACUACGAUAACAUCCAGAAAAAGUCAAUACUUGUAGCUCUUUUGAUCUUGCUGAGUUUUUGAAUGGGGUUGUCCCAGGUCAAUGUUGAACUGGGCAUUUCAGGAAGUAGGAAAGCCAGAUGACCUUUGGCUAACAACAAAGUGGGUUGUUUCUCUAAUGAAUCGACAAAUUUGUAACGAUUAGAACUUGGGCAGCAGCUUUUCCAGAGAGGUAUGCAUAGAUAGCCGCCAAUGUGUAUGAUUGAGCAUCCCAGUCAGUUCCAAUGGACCUAGAACACCAUGUAUGUCGAUCACUGCUAAUUCUAGACGCUUGAUUUAUGUUGCAGUUACUGGGGAAUCUCUGUGUGUUGUAAGUUGUAACCAAUUACGUCCCCUUGUAGUAAAUAAUGAUGCCUGACUGUAGUAAUAAAACAAUGCGCGUAGCUCAAAGUUCAUGUGGUUUAGGUCCUGUGCGCAAAGAAUACACAGAGCACUACAUACCAUUAUACAUUUAUACCAAAUAUUUGAUGCUUCUGAUGAGUUUUAUAUUCAAAUGUUUUUCUUUCUAGGUUUGCUGAUAUUCUCCAGUGGUGCUGCGAUGAGGGUAUUGUUUGUUGGCAGCAACAAUAUAGAUAAUCAAUUCCGGUGUUACAAGUACAAAACUGUUGGACUCCUUAUGUAAGGCUCAAGAAAGAACUACCUAAGUGAGACCAUUUGAGGUGAGACCAUUUGAGGGUCAAAGGGUGUUUACGCUACGCGUGCUAAAAUAAGGGUUUUGCUCAAAAGGGGUACAAGUUGUAUAACACUGAAAUGCAUUGAACUUCUGUCAGAGCUCACCGGACUUAUGAAGAACAUAUCAUCGCUAUUACCCUUUUAGUUUAGCCACCAAUAUUUUCCCUCCAAGAUAACCUCUGUUUCCGUUUAUAUCUACUAUCUGUAAUCUUGGAACUAAUGAGAUAGGAGCACCAUUAAGGUUCAA